AUGUCGCGCGCCAAACAAGCAACAGAUCAGAUCGUCAAGCUGAUAGUCGGCGCCGGACAAGCAACACCCAGUCCGCCCGUCGGUCCAGCACUAGGAAGUAAAGGUGUGAAAUCGAUGGAUUUCUGUAAAGAGUUCAAUGCCCGCACCGCUCACAUGACACCGGGAGUCCCAAUCCCCGCGCGCGUCACCGUCCGCCCCGAUAGAUCCUUCCACUUCGAUAUCCGGACGCCUACAACUUCCUACCUGUUACUGAAAGCUGCGAAUGUGCCGUUGACGAAGGGGAAGCUGAAGGGGAAGAGUGGGAAUGAGAUUGUGGGGACGAUUAGUUUGAAGCAUGUUUAUGAGAUUGCGAAGAUCAAGCAGAGUGAGUUGAGGUUGAGCGGGUUGAGUUUGGAGGGGUUGUGUAAGAGUGUUAUUAGCACUGCGAAGAGUGUAGGUGUGGAGGUUAAACCUUAG